UCAUCCUGUUGAGUCUGGAUACGAAUUUUAUCUCUUUUGUACUCGAAAAAUGUCAAAAAGAAGAGCUGUUACACAUGCUGAUCUUGCGCCAAGUCCUCCUUGCACAGAAUUAGGUAGCCAUACUGGUGUUUUUCUCAUAGUCUUGACCAUUCUCUGCGGCUUAUGUUGCUUCAUUCUCUGUCUCACAGCCGAAGCCACUCGUUCCCAGAUGAUAUGGAAGAGUACAGGGAGUGAAGGCAAAGAAAAUGAAUGCGUGUACAGUGGCAGCGGGAAGACACCAUUGUUGUGUGCUUUGAUUGCAUUUGUUGGAUUAGCAGUGGCCAUGGUGGUGGAACAUAUGUACAUGUUGAUCGCAGUAAGCAAAUCGCCGCCUCUGGCUUUGGUUUCUUGGGAUCGUGACGCUUCUCCAGUCAAGAGUUUGGCAUGGCAAGCAGGCUUUUUCUUUGUUACAACUUGGAUUUGUUUUGCGGUUGCGGAGAUUCUACUGCUAAUUGGGGUGAGUAUAGAAUCAGGCCAUUUGAAGAACUGGUCAAGGCCAAGACCAAGUUGUCUAGUAAUCAAAGAAGGUCUGUUUUCUGCAGGAGGGGUUUUCGCAUUAAUGACAGUCUUCCUUGCAGCCGGUCUAUACUUGACAGCAUUGGGUGCAGAAAAAGUAUCCCAAGAACACGAAAACGUGCGGCGAGAGGUUGUUGAGGUCUCUGCACUCUUUGUUUCUCCACCAAGAUCGCCCCACCUCACCACCAUUGCAAGAGAGAAUCCAAUACGCAGAGACACUCAACUUGAAAACCACCGGCAGCACCCCACACGCGCAUUUUCACCCGCUUUUACCAAGCACUCAAAUCAAGUGUAAUGUGUAUAAACAACAUAUAUUUUAAGUUAGACUUCCAUUUUAUGCGAGAAACUCUCUUUUGUACAUUAAUUUUUCUUGAAUUUAUUUUUUCAUAAUUUAGGUCA